AUGAAGGAACACAAUAUCACAGUAUUGACUGAAUUCAUCUUAACGGGCAUCACUGACAGCUCUGAGUUGCAGGCCCCAUUAUUUGGGCUGUUCCUUGCCAUAUACAUGACCACAAUGAUAGGAAAUUUGGGAAUCAUUAUUCUCACCACAGUGGACUAUCACCUCCAAACACCUAUGUACUUCUUUCUCAGACACCUGGCUGUUACAGAUCUUGGAUAUUCUACUGCUGUGGGACCCAAAAUGUUGGAAAAUUUUGUUAUAGACCAAAAUACAAUUUCAUUUCAAUUUUGUGCCACGCAGCUAGCUUUUUUUCUUGUAUUCAUUGGUAGUGAGCUAUUCAUUCUAUCAGCAAUGUCGUAUGACCGCUAUGUAGCCAUCUGUAAGCCUCUGCUUUAUACUGUCCUCAUGUCACGAAAGGUGUGUUGGGUUCUUAUGGCAAUGCCGUAUCUUUAUUGCACAUUCGUGUCUCUUCUCAUCACAAUUAAGAUUUUCACUUCAUCCUUCUGUGGUUACAAUGUCAUUCACCAUUUCUACUGUGACUGCAUCCCCUUGCUGUCCCUACUCUGUUCAAACGCAGAAGAAAUAGCAUUUAUUGUUAUGAUCUUUGCAGCUUUUGAUUUAAUCGUCUCUCUCCUUGUUGUCCUAAUGUCCUACAUGCUCAUCCUCACAGCGGUUCUCAGGAUGAACUCUGCAGAGGGCAGGCGGAAGGCUUUCUCAACAUGUGGGUCCCACCUAGCAGUGGUGACAGUGUUCUAUGGGACUUUGAUCUUUAUGUAUGUGCAGCCCCAGUCCAGCCAUUCCACUGACACUGAUAAGAUGUCUUCCAUCUUUUACACCCUGGUCAUCCCAAUGUUGAAUCCCUUGAUAUAUACUUUGAGGAAUAAGGAUGUAAAAUCUGCCUUACACAGGACUUGGAGAAAUAUUGGCAAUAUUUUUUCUUAG